AUGGCCCAGCAGAAAGCAGUCGUGCUCCCCAAAGCAAAGGGCGACUGGCUCGUCGACUCCGUCCCCGUGUACACCCCCGGUCCCGGCGAGAUCCUCAUCAAAAUCCACGCCUCCGCGCUCAACCCCGUCGACUGGAAGAUCCAGGCGUACGACUUCUUCAUCGACAAGUUCCCCGCCGUGCUCGGCACUGACAUCGCCGGCACCGUUGAGGCUCUCGGCGAGGGCGUCACCGGGUUCGCCAAGGGCGACCGAGUCCUCACGCAGGGGGUCAUCAACGAGAACGCCCACGCUGGCUUCCAGCAGUACACGCUCUCCAAUGCAGACGUCACUGCGAAGAUCCCCAGCAACAUCUCCUUCGACCAGGCGUCCACCGUCCCCCUUGGGCUCGCCACCGCUGUCGUCGGCCUCUACGGCGGUGGGAUCUCCCUUACCCCGCCGUGGGCUGACGGCGGUGCAGGCAAGUACGCAGGGAAGCCCAUUGUCGUCUUCGCCGGCGCGAGCUCCGUCGGGCAGUACGCCAUCCAAGUCGCGAAACUCUCCGGGUUUAGCCCGAUCAUCACGACAGCGUCGCCGCACAACGCGGCGUAUCUGCAGGGCCUCGGCGCGACGCACGUGCUUGACCGCGCACUCUCCGGGGACGCACUGCGCGCAGCGGUCAAGCAGAUCACGUCCGCGCCGAUCGAGUUCGCGUACGACGCAGUGUCAGGCGCAGACACGCAGACGGCGGGCUACGAGCUGCUCGCACCGGGCGGCGCCAUCGUGAUUGUGCUUGCGAACGCGGUGCCCGAGGCAAAACAGACGAAAGACCGGAAGAUCGAGCAUGUGUUCGGAAACGUGAACGCGCCGCAGAACCGUGCGCUGGGCCGCAGCUUAUACGCGAAGCUGACGGGGCUGUUGGAGACGGGCGCGAUCAAGCCGAACCGGGUCGAGGUGCUGCCGAAUGGCUUGCAGGGCAUCAUUCUCGGACUGGCGAAGCUCAAGGCGGGCGUGAGCAACGUAAAGCUCGUCGGCCGCCCGCAGGAGACAGCAUGAAGCGCGAGAAGACGACACAGUACGCACGACGUUAUGUAACAUUAUCAUUAGCAAGUAAAUCAUUGGGCCUCGUCGUGCAUA